CCGCCGCGAGUAGGAAGCGCGAGCGCCGGGCGCUGGGCUGUCAGUGAGCGUGGGGCCAGCCAGCGAGCCAGAGAGCCGGAGAGAGCCAGAGAGAGCGGCUCGCCUCCCAGCUCCAAGCAGCGCAGCGCCCGCCCGGCUCUCCCCGGCCACCGCCGCCACCACCGCACCUCAGCAGCACCGCCACCUCGGCCGCCGCCCCCGCCCACCCCGGCCCUCCCCGGCUGCUGCUCCCCGGAGGAGGCAAGAGGUGGUUGGGGGGGACCAUGGCUGACGUUUACCCGGCCAACGACUCCACGGCGUCUCAGGACGUGGCCAACCGCUUCGCCCGCAAAGGGGCGCUGAGGCAGAAGAACGUGCAUGAGGUGAAAGACCACAAAUUCAUCGCCCGCUUCUUCAAGCAACCCACCUUCUGCAGCCACUGCACCGACUUCAUCUGGGGGUUUGGGAAACAAGGCUUCCAGUGCCAAGUUUGCUGUUUUGUGGUUCACAAGAGGUGCCAUGAGUUCGUCACUUUCUCUUGUCCGGGUGCGGAUAAGGGACCUGACACUGACGACCCCAGGAGCAAGCACAAGUUCAAAAUCCACACGUACGGAAGCCCUACCUUCUGCGAUCACUGUGGGUCCCUGCUCUACGGACUUAUCCACCAAGGGAUGAAAUGUGACACCUGCGACAUGAAUGUCCACAAGCAGUGUGUGAUCAAUGUCCCUAGCCUCUGCGGAAUGGAUCACACAGAGAAGAGGGGGCGGAUUUAUCUGAAGGCCGAGGUCACCGAUGAAAAGCUCCACGUCACGGUACGAGAUGCAAAAAAUCUAAUCCCUAUGGAUCCAAAUGGGCUUUCGGAUCCUUACGUGAAGCUGAAACUUAUUCCUGACCCCAAGAAUGAGAGCAAACAGAAAACCAAAACCAUCCGCUCCACACUGAACCCUCAAUGGAAUGAGUCCUUCACGUUCAAAUUAAAACCUUCAGACAAAGACCGGCGACUGUCUGUAGAAAUCUGGGACUGGGAUCGGACGACUCGGAAUGACUUCAUGGGCUCCCUAUCCUUUGGUGUCUCAGAGCUGAUGAAGAUGCCGGCCAGUGGAUGGUACAAGUUGCUCAACCAAGAAGAGGGCGAAUACUACAAUGUGCCCAUUCCAGAAGGUGAUGAAGAAGGCAACAUGGAACUCAGGCAGAAGUUUGAGAAAGCCAAGCUAGGCCCUGCUGGUAACAAAGUCAUCAGCCCUUCAGAAGACAGGAAGCAACCGUCCAACAACCUGGACAGAGUGAAACUCACGGACUUCAACUUCCUCAUGGUGCUGGGGAAGGGGAGCUUUGGGAAGGUGAUGCUGGCUGACAGGAAGGGAACAGAGGAACUGUACGCCAUCAAGAUCCUGAAGAAGGACGUGGUGAUCCAGGAUGACGACGUGGAGUGCACCAUGGUGGAGAAGCGGGUGCUGGCCCUGCUCGACAAGCCGCCGUUCCUGACACAGCUGCACUCCUGCUUCCAGACAGUGGACCGGCUGUACUUCGUCAUGGAAUACGUCAACGGCGGAGACCUCAUGUACCACAUUCAGCAAGUCGGGAAAUUUAAGGAGCCUCAAGCAGUAUUCUACGCAGCCGAGAUCUCCAUCGGACUGUUCUUCCUUCAUAAAAGAGGGAUCAUUUACAGGGAUCUGAAGCUGGACAAUGUCAUGCUGGACUCAGAAGGGCACAUCAAAAUUGCCGACUUCGGGAUGUGCAAGGAACACAUGAUGGAUGGAGUCACAACCAGGACCUUCUGUGGGACUCCAGACUACAUUGCCCCAGAGAUAAUCGCUUACCAGCCGUAUGGGAAGUCUGUGGACUGGUGGGCAUAUGGCGUGCUGCUGUACGAGAUGCUAGCCGGGCAGCCUCCGUUUGAUGGUGAAGAUGAAGAUGAACUGUUUCAGUCAAUAAUGGAGCACAAUGUGUCCUACCCCAAAUCCUUGUCCAAGGAAGCUGUCUCCAUCUGCAAAGGGCUUAUGACCAAACACCCUGCCAAGCGGCUGGGCUGCGGGCCCGAGGGAGAGAGGGAUGUCAGGGAGCAUGCCUUCUUCAGGAGGAUCGACUGGGAGAAACUGGAGAACAGGGAGAUCCAACCGCCCUUCAAGCCCAAAGUGUGUGGCAAAGGAGCAGAAAACUUUGACAAGUUCUUCACGAGAGGGCAGCCUGUCUUAACACCACCAGAUCAGUUGGUCAUUGCUAACAUAGACCAGUCUGAUUUUGAAGGGUUCUCGUAUGUCAACCCCCAGUUUGUGCACCCGAUCUUACAAAGUGCAGUAUGAAACUCAAAAAUGAAAGAUCAAAUGCCUCCCCAGCCCCCAGCCUCCCAGCAGUGGGAAGUGAUCCUUAACCAUAAAAAUUUAAGGCUAUGGCCUUGUAUUUUGUUCCACACAGAGGCCUGAAAAUUCUAGGGACAUUAGUCAAUACAUGAUCAACUUUCUUCCUCACCCUCUCCCCCAAACCAAAAGCAUUAUCUUAGUGGAUGAUGACAUAAUGUACCGAGUUUAGUUUAAUUAUGUAGAAGUCAUGUCUGGCUACAAAUUGAUUCUUCAUAGAAAACAAAGAGAUUUGGACCCUAUUUUUUGGUACGAUUUGAUAUAUUCUCCAUACUUUCCAUUUCUUGGAUUUUCACUGUCUGAAUCAACCAGAGAUAGUAAAGUGAACCCACCCUGACUCAAGGGAAGGAAACAUUUCCACCCAAGAUGCCUUUGGAAUGAAAGAACAGGAAGUCCAAAGAGAAAGCAAAGAGAGGUUGGGGGCUCAUAUAUUCAAGACCCCAUAGCUUCUAUUCUCUGUUUCAAUGGAAACGGUCCCUAGACUCUGAGAGGGCAGGAUGAACCUGAUCACUGUUCCCAGUCAUCGAGCACAACAAUAGUGCAUAAUUUAAGAAUGAAAGAAAACUUCAGACAAAUAUUCACUGAAUCUAUCAUCUGUAGUCCCCUGCUUGGUUGAUAACUAUCUCUAAAACUCAUUCUUUUUAAGAGGCCAAAUCGUCUAAGGACUUUGCUAAACAAGCAUGUGAAAUCAUUUCAGAUCAAGGAUAAACCAUGUGUACGUUCAUUUUAAUCUCUGGGAGAUGACUCUUCAAUCCAGGGUGCCAUCAGUAAUCAUGCCACUGUUCACGAGUGUUGUUAGCCAACCCCCCCACACACACAAUAAUAUUUUGCUGCCUUUGUAGGUACCCUUCCUAAGAAGCUGAAAUGUAUGACCCCAUCCCCCUUUUUACUAUUUAUUUAAUAAGCUGCAGUGUCGUUUAUGGAAGUACAAUGUAUAGUAACUUAGUCAAAGUAUUGACUAGCCUCAGUCCCUAUAGAUUGAUUUUCCUUCUUUCUCUAGCCCCACAUCCACUUAGAGAUGAAAAAGAGUAUAGUUUGGGUUCCUAUUUUCAGUUCUUAUUGAACGGCACAUGUGGAACUAUAGGAUCAAGAUACUUUAUGCUUAUAUCAGCUCAGAGAUGUUUUCUUGCUAGAAGGAUUUUAAUAUGUUUUGCGAGUGCAUCAUGCAAUGGAUUUUGCAUGUUUAUAAUAAACCUUAAUAACAAGUUAAUCUAUAUUAUUGAUAUAAUUGUAUCAACUAUAAAGAGUAUUAUGAUAAUUUUUAUAAGACACAAUUGUGCUAUAUUUGUGA